AUAUUAAAUUAGUCUCAUUUCCCUCGUGCUUCUCAUUGAAUGGACUUUAUAUUUCUGUAUCUAUCCGUGCAAAUAGAGAUAAAAGAUAGAUACACACAUUUAAUAUGUAUACAUAUACUCAUCUUUUGUAGUGUUUAUAGUUCCAUUAAAUAUCCAUCUCUCCAAAAAAAAAAAAAAAGAAAAAAAAAAAAGUCCCAUGGCUAAAUCAGUUGAUUAUUUGGCCAUGGAAAAUGGAUCAUACAUUCCUCCUCGCCCUAAACACCCUAAUUUUCAGCGCACAAGAAGCUUUCGCGAAAUUCAAGGAAUUAUAUCGAAGAUGAACCCAGAGGUAGUAAAGAGUGUGAUUCAAAAUGGGUCUUCUUCUACAAACAACAAAUCAUUCGUUUCUGACUUCCCUCUUUGUGAUUACACACUUAGGCUGAGUUGUGGUGGGGAUGAAAAGAAUGGUGUAAAAUAUAGUACUUCUCCCCUCACCAUUUUCUACAAUGGAACUGUUUCUGUUUUUCAUGUCUCCCCUCAAAAGGCUGAGGAUAUUCUGAAAUUUGGUGAGCAAGCAAUUCAUAAUUCGGAAAUCAAUUCGCAUGGCCAACAAUAUCAAUAUCUCACCCAAUCUCUCAACGAUUUACCCAUUACUAGGAGAAUAUCUCUGCAGAGGUUUCUGGAGAAGCGGAGAGAAAGGCUGAUUAUGUUGUCCCCUUAUUACUUUCCCACCAACAAUUCCAAUUUCAAUUCCUCACGCAAAAGAUAGCAGAAGAAAAGUCACGUGUUAUUAUCUUCAACCGAUAAAAUCGCAGGUGGAAAGAAUCAAUGGUGGUUGAGAUUUUGCAAAAAAUAUAAAAGCACGUUUUCUUAAUUGUUCUGUUUGGGUCAAAGCUGUGAGUGAUGUCUGGUGCAGUUUCACAUUUUAGUCAUGUGCAUAGUGAGGGGGGAUCUUAUCACUAUAAUUUUUUUAUUCUAUGUGGUAAUAUAUAGUAUUUUUUUAAUUAAUUGUAUCUUGAUUCUUGACUUAUUUGUUUAUGCUUUUUGUUUAUGUAUUAGACACAGCCGCGGGGCGGGUUCGAGU